AGUCCAAAUUUUGGUUGGGUUAUAAUAAACCAAGUCGAAUAACCGCUCAAAUCACUAAGUAUAAGAGACCGCUGUUGAAAUGUUGAAACUUUCUUUUGUGCUACUUUUAGGCUUUUGGGCGUCGCUGAGCGUCGGCCGUUUGACGACGAGCGGUCGGGACUUUCUUUACAACGGCCAGAGAGUCUUUCUGUCGGGGGCCAACAUCGCUUGGUAUUCGUACGGCUACGAUUUCGGCAACGGAGUUUACCAAUCCGAUGUUAAGGAGACGCUGGAAACCUGGCUAACAAUGAUUGCCAAUAGCGGAGGAAAUUCAGUUCGACAAUGGGUGCAUGUGGAAGGUCAAAACACUCCUGCUUAUGACAGUAACGGUUACGUCACAGGUCCCGACCGAACGGGGACCAUCAUCGAUGAUAUGCGCUCGUUCCUUGAUUUCGCUCAGAGUCAAAAUAUUUUGGUCAUCUUCGUCCUGUGGAACGGAGCCGUAUUAGAAAAUCAAAAUACCAUUAACCUCUUUUACGACGACGCCAAACUGCAGAGUUACAUCGACAACGCUCUUAAGCCAAUGGUGGCUGCUUUGGGUGACCAUCCUGCUCUUGCAGCUUGGGAAAUAAUGAACGAACCGGAAGGGGCCAUCUUACUCAACCAGGCUAGUGAUAACCCGUGUUUCGACACGACUCCACUCGCCAAUACUGACGCCAGCUGGACAGGCCUUACCAUUCCAAUGGAAAAUAACUUGAAGUUUGUCAAUUGGCAAACCCAUGCUAUUAAAGAAGCUAACAGCGCUUCUCUGGUUACCCUUGGUUCCUGGUCGGAACACGCCCAGUCUGAUGCUUACGAGCAAUCGAGGAAUUACUACACGGACGCAUGUCUCUUGGCAGCCGGUGGCAGAAGUUUGGGCACGUUGGACUUUUACCAAUUUCAUACUUACACGUACACCGGACAAUGGGAUCCCAGUGAGCCCUUCAAGGUUACUGCCACUUCCUACAAACUGGACAAACCUUUGGUGAUUGGUGAAUUUGCUACAGUUUGUGGAGGACCUGAGAGCAGUCCAACACUCUUUCAAUACAGCUACGAUAACGGCUAUCAGGGAGUUUGGUCUUGGUCUUAUAACGGUGGGCCGACGGGUUCAACGUGCUGCGACAAUCAGACCACGCAAGACAGUGGCAUGUUGCAGCUGAAGGGUCAGAAUAACGGCAUCGGAGGAGCGGUCAAUUUCCCGAUUGUUCCAUAAAAUUAAUGCUGAAUAUAUGGAAAUGAAUAAUUGAAAA